CAGAAGGCAGCACAAUCCACCCGGUGGUGCUGUGAUAUUGAGAGGUCAUACAUUUUCAAAUAACGAAGAAAGGAAACCAGAAAGCCAGGAUGUCUGGAGAAUUGUCCCUCAACAUAAACAUCAAGGAGCCAAGAUGGGAUCAAGGCACGUUUAUGGGGCGCGCAAAGCACUUCUUCAUGGUCACAGACCCCCGGAACGUCCUGCUGUCCUCUGAGACUCUGGAGGAGGCCCGAGUGAUCAUGGAGAACUACAGAGCCGGCCACGUGAAGCCUGGCCUGACAGAGGAUGAGCUCUGGAGGGCCAAAUACAUCUACGACUCCGCCUUCCACCCCGACACAGGAGAGAAGAUGUUUGUGAUUGGCCGGAUGUCUGCUCAGGUGCCAAUGAACAUGUCCAUCACAGGCUGCAUGCUCACCUUCUACAGGACGACUCCGGCCGUGGUGUUCUGGCAGUGGGUUAACCAGUCCUUCAACGCUGUUGUCAACUAUACCAACCGCAGCGGAGAUGCCCCCAUGACUGUGAAUCAGCUUGGUGCAGCCUACAUCAGUGCUACUACUGGAGCUGUAGUCACUGCCCUGGGACUCAAGUCUCUAGCUACGCGUCUCCCUCCAAUCGUCAGCCGGUUUGUCCCUUUUGCUGCUGUUGCUGCUGCUAACUGUAUCAACAUUCCCUUCAUGAGACAGAGGGAGUUGAAGUACGGUAUCCCUGUGACAGAUGAGAAUGGAAACAGGUUAGGAGAGUCUCCAAAUGCUGCCAAGCAGGCCAUCGUGCAGGUGGUGGUGUCAAGAAUCGGCAUGGCGGUGCCAGCAAUGGCUAUCCCCCCUGUUAUUAUGAAUGCUCUGGAGAAGAGAGCUUUCAUGAAGCGAUUCCCAAUUCUAAACGCUCCUGUUCAGGUGGGGCUUGUUGGUCUGUGCCUGGUGUUUGCAACUCCUCUGUGCUGCGCCCUCUUCCCACAGAAAAGCUCUAUGAGCCUGAGCGGGCUGGAAGCAGAUCUGCAGGAGAGGAUACGACAGGCCAGUCCCCACACCACCACCGUCUAUUUCAACAAGGGCCUGUAGGACCAGCCAACACAUCUCCAUGCGCACACACACACACACACACACACACACACACAACAUAUGCAAUGUCAUAUGUUGGCACAAGUGGGAGGGCAAAACAUUUUUUUUUUUUUGUUUGUUUGUUAUGUGUACUGCUGCAUUGUUCUUUUGUAUUGCAAUGCAUGUAGCUGCUCCAAGUGUAAGAGUAGAGGAUUCACUGCAAGGAAGACAAAACACUCUGAGAAGGAAGAUCACUGAUAGUUCUCUUUGCACAUAAUCCUUAGAGAAGAAAAACUGACUCCUGAGUUUUAUUUUUAUUUUAUUUUGUUGUUUUGUGUUGUGUUUUCUGUCUUCCUUUGGUCAAACUGCCCACAGGGUGGCAGUUCAUGAAGUUACUGAUUUGUGUUUCAUUCACCAAUAUUUCACGUUGCAUUCAGGUUUAUGCAAGUUUUAAGUCCUCUGAUAAAUUAUUUCCAUCUCCAGUUUAAAAUGAAGGCUUGUGCUUGUGAAUCAUGUAUGUACUUGCUUCUGAAUGUAACGUCCUCUUUUUUGCCUUGUGUUAGAUUCCCUCUCUUCAAUUCUUGCCUAGUGAUGGUUGCAUUAUUCUGUUCUGACAAGUAAUAUUUUAAGCUGUUAAACACUGACUAGAGCUUGUUUAGGUUCAUCCACUGUGCAGUUUUACUGGAAAAACCAGUGUGUUAAUUAGCUCUAUAGUCCAACCCUUGAAGAAUGACUUUCUCUUUUGUUUUACUCCUUGUGGUGCAGCUUCUUACACUCUUCAACAGUCCUUGAAGUGUACUUAUGCCCCUUCAUAUUCAUAGACAAGGUAUUAAAGGUGCUAGGUACAUGUGGCAAAGAAAAUAUGUAGGAAUUAUACUGCAAAACCUCACAAAGCACAGCCAUAGAGUACAUCAGCAAACACUAAUGAGUGUGAAUUUAAUGAACGUAAAUAUGUACUUUCAAGGCUUUCAAGGCCUUUUAUCAUUUUGAAAUCACUUUAUGAACUAGUGCAGUCACUAUAUUUACUGAUGAAUUGUUGUAGGUGGUAGUGCUGGUUUGGUGGCGGUGUCAGGUGGAGGAAUAUACUGUGUUGUGACUACAUGUUGUUGCUAAGAGGAAAUGUAGCUGUUGUCGAGGGACUGCACGAGCAGGCUAAGAGAAGUCAAAGCUGCAGUUUCAGUUCUUCAAAGCUGGAGAUAAUGGGUUUUUACGUGCAACAGCCAGCUAGCCUUCUGCAAAACUGUGGUUUGCACCAGAGCUGUUGACGUCCCAUUGUACCAAAUGGAAGUAGCUUAUGUUGCAUGACAAAGUCAAAGUAUGAAAUGCUUAUUUCUUGGUCAGGGUAGUGUGUAACUGCACAGCCUCUGUUGUUGCUCUGUUGAAGUGAACAGUUCGCCUGACUUUGAGCUUCUCUGACCAAAUUCAUUCACACUGUCAAACACUUGACUGUCCAAUGUGCUGAGAUAGUGAUAGAUUGUGUAAGUGAGGAAAUAGUCAGCUAAAUUUAGCAGUGUUGUCAGUCUGGAUUAUGUAAAAAUAAGUAUAUUUUAAGGGGAUAUAUUUAUAAAUAUAUUUAUAUAUGACGCACAGUAUAUGGAGCACAUAUGCAUGAGGGAUUUUAGAGAUUUUAAGUUCAAGGUGUGCCUCUCGUAGUGAAUCCACCAGGUGGCUCCACCUAUGUAUCCUGAAAACAAUGUCAGCUGCUCGUGUCACAGGAGUACACAGGUGUGUUGAAAAUGAGCGAGUGCACCUCUUGCUUCAGGGCUAAUGAUUAGAUUAGAGGAGCGUUCCUCAGUCUGCCUGGAUACAGCGGACGCAGUCACAGAUUACCUGCUAUUAGUUGAUGUUUGUGCACAGUGACGUUUUGUGUAUGGUAAUCACUACUACACCCAACAGUAAGAUUGUAUAGUCAUACUUAAUUCAUCUCCAUCAUGCUUCUGUUGUCACACAAGUGAAGCUGUACAAUCAUUAAUUUAAGGUGACUGUGGCUGGAAAGGGAUUGUAGCAGCUGCACAACUGUUUAACGAAUCAACAGAAAUGCACACAAUGAUUGUGUUUGCAUGUGAUCCUAAACUUGAAGGGUUUAAUUCCAAAGCGCUAUCAGAUCUGUUUUUGAAAAAUGUGACCACCUGAAAUUCAUCACAUUUUAUAGGCCUGUACGACUGUCCUGAAAGAGCGGAUGUUUAUAUGACUCCCUCCUCCUGUAUGAGAAUGUGGAUCUUUCUAUUAUUUUUGAAUAAUGGCAUCUCAUUUUGGAAUGAAAGUCGUCUUUCAGCUCUCCAUUGUCAUAUCUUCAUAUAAACCUUUAACUCCCUUUGGAAACUUUCUCAGACAUUUUUGUCUGUUCUCAGUGCUGAUGGCGGUUAUUGUGUGUUGUGUUUGGGGUGUUUCCUGCCGAUGGUGAAUCUGUACUAUUUAACCUUUGCUGUGCUGCUGUAGGAGCUAGUUGGAUUUGUGUUGCUAUUCAAAAAGAAGCCUUUUAAAGUGUAUAUGGAAGAUUGUAUUUGUCAUGCUAGAUAAUGUUAAAUGAACUAUGGUCAUGUUACUGCUAAUUCAUAAUUCAUUCAUUGUCUGGCAGCUUUUCUUUGCUUAUAACCAAGUAGAUUUAUUUCUGCCUUUUUCCUUUGUUUUGUUAUCUGCUCUUUGAUUUAUGGCGCAAAAGUGUCGAGAACAAAACUUGUCGGCAUUCAAACACAUUUCUAAACGUGUGUCACGGCUUGUGACUGUACUGUACCAGCAUAACAUGUCGCACCCAUAGAUCUAGCCAAAGAUGAGACGGGUAUGAAUUGUACAGGACUAAGGAGAAGAAGCGUGUAGCUUUUCAAAGUUUUCAUUUCAGCUUUAUCGUGUGGACCUUCUGCCAGGCUUUUCUCAUGCAAAAACAUGUUUUAGGUUGUUUUGUUUUGUUUUUUACAACACUCAACAGCACACCAAAUGUUUCAAAUUAUCGUCAUUAACACACAGUUAACAGAUCAAAGAUUUGAAUAAAUCCCAGCACACAUUUUAAGUCAUAUUUUUGACUUCACUCCACAUAAUGCCAGUUCAAGAUGCCGUACUGGUUAAAAACCCACUAAUUUCUAACUUUUGGUUGUGCACUUCGUGAAAAAAAGUGUCACAUCUUUGCAUAUUGAAGCCACUAAUGUAAAGACAAUCUCUGUUAUUGGUACACUCCAUGAAUGUUUCAGUUAUUUCAUGUACAUGCAACUUACAUACAUGCAGUCCUGUCAGUAUUGGUGCAAAGUGUUUUCCCCCUCCUUUUUGUAUUGUGUUGAAAUAUAUUUCCUCGAUGUGAAAUGUAUUUGACUCAGAGCAAUAGAAUAAAAUAUGUAACAUUAAUGUCCA